AUGCUGCACCUGUUUAAAAAUGUCGAUGUUGAGAGGUACAGGAAAGAAGCAGCCGAAUUACUAAAAAUGUCUCUGCCAAUGAGCUUGACCUAUUUUUUGUUGAUGCUCCCAACCUUAGUCAGCUUGGGGUUUUGCGGACAAAUGGGCAAAGAAAUAGGGGAUGGGAUGGAAUUAGCCUUACAUAUCACCACUGCUUUGGGCUAUAUCGUGCUCAUUGGUUUGUCCUCGGCGGUGGACACGUUAUUUCCACAGAUCCAUGGAACUGGAAACGUUGGAGAAAUAGGUUCCGUAUUGCAGAGAGGUAUAUUGAUAAUGGUAGUUUGCUGUUUGCUGUGCAGUGCCGUACUUAUGAAUUCUGGUUUAUUUUUUCGAUUAGUUGGACAAGAUGCUGUUGUUGCAAGAAUUGCAGGAGAAUAUGGGACGGUAUUGAUAGGGGGCUUACCAGGAUUUGGAUUGACAUUACUUCUGUCGAAAUACAUCCAAGUAAAGUCAAUUCUGUUUCCAAGUCUUGUAAUCGGACUAAUGGUAAACAUAGAAAACUUCAUUCUGCAUGCAUUGUUUAUCAACGUUUUGGAAUUCAAAAUAAGAGGCUCCGCUUUUGCUGUUGUCCUUAGCCAGUGGACUUCAGCCAUUCUGCAUGUAGUUUUGAUAGUUUACAAGGGUUAUCACACAGACACAUGGAAAGGCUGGAACAAAGCAUGUUUGCACGGAUGGGGGACUUUCCUAAAACUUGCUAUUCCAGGAACAUUCAUGCUUGCAUUUGAAGUCUGGAGCGUCGAGACCACCACGUUUUGUACUGGGCUGUCAAGUAAAUCCGAAUUGGCAGCAUUUGCAAGUUUGUUCUACGUUGGAUUGGUUAUAACAAAUCUUGUUUUGGGCAUAUCUGCUGCGGUAAGCAUGCGCGUAGGUAUUCAUCUUGGUGCUGGACAUUCAGAACUGGCCUAUUCAGCUGUCAUGGUCGCCAUCAGUUGUGGAUCUCUUUUUGCCACCGUAGUUGCUGUUCUGCUCGUUUCGUGCAAAGAUGUCAUUCCGCAUUUCUUCUCAAAUGAUAGUGAUGUUUUAGCCUUGUCUUCGCACUUCUUACCUUUACUGGCAAUUUAUAAAUUUUUUGAACUUUAUCAGACAAUGUGUGCGGGGAUACUACGUGGGACGGGUCUCCAGAUGUUCGGGGCUGCCAUGAGUUUUAUUGCCAAUGUUCUCAUAGCACUUCCACUUUCUUUAUCAUUGAUGUUUGCAACAUCUUUGAGCGUUACAGGUGCUUGGUGGGGUGAAAUUGCUGGUACAGUGGUUCUGUGUGUGGUGUAUAGUGUUCGAAUCAUCGCUGUUGACUGGAACCUCGAGUCAAAACAAGCAAUGAAAAGAGCUGAUAUGAAGCUAGAAACUGAUUUAACAGGUUUUCUGGGUAGGAACAUGCUUUUUAUACUAUUAAAACAUUGAAUCAAAGUUGUUCUUUUUACCAGAACUAACCGCAUAUACAAAGCC